CCACGAUAAUUGGGACCAGGAGGAAGAGCCCGAGGUGGCUGGCACCUUCAGCCAGGCUUCACAAGAUGAGCUCAAGACGCGUGUGAUCCGCAAAGCCAAACGUCGGGUCCCGCCCAACGGAGGGGAGGGUCAACCCGGCGUGUUUUCGGCCUUUGGCGGCUUCGGAGCCGCGGCGGCUUCGAGCGCGAAGGCGGGAUCCUCGGCGGCGGCGGCAGCGGCGGGGGCCAGUGGCGGGGGAUUCGAUUUCCUGAAAACGGCCACCAGUCCACCCGUGAGCUCGAGCGUGUCCAGUCCGCCGUCGAACGGCAGUGCCGGCCCCACGGGUGGUAGUCUGAUGGGAUUUGGUGGGUUUGGCGCCACGCCCCAGGACGGCAACAAAUGGACCUGCAGUGUUUGUAUGGUGCCCAAUAAAGCCGAAGACGAUGCCUGUGUUUGUUGCUCCACGGCCAAAUCCGGAGCCACGCCGAAAGCCCCUUCCAAGGGUUCCUCCAGUUUUGACACUUCAGCCAUAUCGAUGGCGCCAGGCGGUGGAUUCAAAUUCGGGGGUCUCUCGGCCACCACCACCACCACCUCAUCUUCAACGAGCUCCGGUUUUAAAUUCGGGUCGAGUGAGGUGCAAGCGACCUCGUCCAGUCAAUCUACCCCAUUGGCCUCUGGAUUCAAAUUUGGUUCACCCGCCACAACCUCGAAUGAGACUCUCCCAGCCUCGACCGGGGCGGGUGGGUUCAAGUUUGGCUCAACCGCCACCAAUGCUGAGCCCAAAGGCAGUGCCCAAGGGUUUUCAUUCGGGGCCAACAAUGCGGUUGAUUCGGAUGGCCCCAGUCCGGCCAAGAAAGGGUUCAAUUUCGGUUCGUCUUCUUCGAUGGCGUCGUCCACGAUGAACAAUGCCUCAUCGGCCUCGGACUCCAAGAAAACGGCCUAUUCGGACAAAUAUUGCCAUCAACUCAAGUGCUUGAACCAACAAAUCUCGGAAUGGAUCAAGAAGCACGUGGACGAGAAUCCGUUUGUGCUUCUCACACCCAUCUUUGCCGAUUAUGAAAAGUAUCUUGAGGAGCUCGAGCCCUUGAAAUCGCCCAAUGAGGAGGCCCACAACAGUCCCACUACUACAUCAGCGGCCUCAUCCGCUCCUGUGGAAAAACCUGAGGCCCGACCUUUUCAAACCGCACCCGCUGAGAAAACGAGCGAAACCGCCCGACCCCUUUUGGGCGCCGUGUUUGGCAAGAAGCCAGAGGUGUCUGCCGAGUCGGAAACCGUGAACAAAGUUCCGGCGUAUAAUCCAUCGCCCAACUCCUCUUUUUCCUUCGCCGGGCCCUCUUCGGCCACGUCGACCUCUAUGACGGGGCCCAAGAUGAUGUUUUCAUUCGGAACCACAAGUGUAGUGGCCAGUGUGGCCUCAACCUCCUCCAUAAGCUCGAUCCCAUCCGCCUCGACAUUCUCCUUCAGCGGGUCGAAAAGCUCAACGGGAGCGCAGGGCGACAAGAAGCCUGAACCACCCCUUGCCACCGCGCCCAGUUCCGGGGGCCUCUUCUCAUUUGGCUCCUCCAGUUCCACCAAAACCGACGAUAGUUCCAAAUCGUUGUUCACCUUCGGAUCCAAACCGGCGGGAUCCACGCCCUCUUUUGGAAGUACUGCCAGCGCUGGAUCCGGAUUCAGCUUUGGCAGCUCGACCACCGAGCCGAAAACCACCUCUGGAUUUUCAUUCGGUAGCACACCAUCUUCCACCCCCUCAUCUGGCUUCUCGUUUGCCACUGCGGCAUCUGCAGCAGCCACAGCGACCACCGCGGCUUCGAAUAAUGCGGACGCCAAUGAAACGGAAGAAUCCGACGAGCCUCCCAAAGUGGAGGUCAAGACCGUGGAGGAAGAGGGAUCCAAGUACUCGAUCCGCUGCAAAUUGUUCUAUAAAUCCGGUUCGGAGUUCAAAGAAAAGGGUUUGGGCAUGCUGCAUCUCAAGGAUGUCGACGAUGGGAAGAAGACUCAAAUGGUGGUGCGGGCCGAGACGAAUCUGGGCAACAUCCUGUUGAAUAUUUUGCUGACCGACCAGCUGAACGUGACUCAGCGAGCCAAUAACAUCCAAUUCGUGUGCGUGCCCAACCCCGAAAUCAAAGGGCUCGAACCCGGGCCCGUGUCGAUGUUAGCCAAAGUGAAGACGGCGGAACUAGCGAAAGAGUUGGCCGCCAAGGUGGCCGAAGCUAUUCAGUAACGGCAUUAUUUUGAUGUUCGCGUUCGGGAAAUGGACCAAUAAAACAGAGUCUUACAGAA